UCCCCAGCAGACAGCAAGCCUCCCUCACUCCUCACUGCCAUUCAUCCAGCUCUGUUCAGCAGCCCAGCUGCCGCGUCUGCCGGGAGGGGCUGCCAAGUGCCCUGCCUACUGGCUGCUUCCCGAGUCCCUGCCAUUCCACACACAAACACAUCCACACACGCUCUGCCUUGAUCACACACCGAGCCACUCGAACAUGCGAGCACAUUCCUUCCUCCCUUCUUACAGUCUCGGCCCUUGACUUCUACAAGCCCAUGGAACAUUUCUGGAAAGAUACUCUUGCUCCAGCAGGGUGGCCCACCGGCUGCUAAGCCCCCUGUCGCCCAGGGAGACAGUCUGCGCCUUGCCCCGCGGUCACCGACCAUGACCAUGACUCUCCACACCAAAGCAUCAGGAAUGGCCUUGCUGCACCAGAUCCAAGGGAACGAGCUGGAGCCCCUAAACCGCCCGCAGCUCAAGAUGCCCUUGGAGCGGCCCCUGGGUGAGGUGUACGUGGACAGCAGCAAGCCGGCGGUGUUCAACUACCCCGAGGGCGCCGCGUACGAGUUCAACGCCUCCGCCGCCUCCGCGCCGGUCUACGGCCAGUCCGGCAUCGCCUACGGCCCGGGAUCGGAGGCGACGUUCGGCGCCAACAACCUCGGGGGCUUCCCCCAGCUCAACAGCGUGUCUCCGAGCCCGCUGAUGCCGCCGCACCCGCCGCCGCAGCUAUCGCCCUUCCUGCACCCCCACGGCCAACAGGUGCCCUAUUACCUGGAGAACGAGCCCAGCACCUACGCGGUGCGCGAGGCCGGCCCGCCCGCGUUCUACAGGCCAAAUUCAGAUAAUCGUCGCCAGAGUGGCAGAGAGAGAUUGACCAGUAACAGUGACAAGGGAAGCCUGGCCUUGGAAUCUGCCAAGGAGACUCGCUACUGUGCAGUAUGCAAUGACUAUGCCUCUGGCUACCACUAUGGAGUCUGGUCCUGUGAGGGUUGUAAGGCUUUCUUCAAGAGGAGUAUUCAAGGGCAUAAUGACUACAUGUGUCCAGCUACCAACCAGUGCACGAUUGAUAAAAACAGGAGGAAGAGCUGCCAGGCCUGCCGGCUCCGCAAAUGCUAUGAAGUUGGGAUGAUGAAAGGUGGGAUACGGAAAGACCGAAGAGGAGGAAGAAUGUUGAAACACAAGCGUCAGAGAGAUGAUGGGGAAGGCAGGAAUGAAAUAGGAUCCUCUGGAGAAAUGAGAGCUGCCAACCUUUGGCCAAGCCCCCUCAUUAUCAAACACACUAAGAAGAACAGCCCUGCCUUGUCCUUGACAGCUGAUCAGAUGGUCAGUGCCUUGCUGGACGCUGAGCCCCCCAUAAUCUACUCCGAGUACGAUCCUACCAGACCCUUCAGCGAGGCCUCCAUGAUGGGCUUGCUGACCAACCUGGCAGACAGGGAGCUGGUUCACAUGAUCAACUGGGCCAAAAGGGUGCCAGGCUUUGGGGAUUUGAACCUCCACGAUCAAGUCCAUCUUCUGGAAUGUGCCUGGCUAGAGAUCCUAAUGAUUGGUCUUGUCUGGCGCUCCAUGGAGCACCCAGGGAAGCUACUGUUUGCUCCCAACUUGCUCCUGGACAGGAAUCAGGGUAAAUGUGUAGAGGGCAUGGUGGAGAUCUUUGACAUGUUGCUGGCUACGUCGACCCGGUUCCGUAUGAUGAAUCUGCAGGGAGAGGAGUUUGUGUGCCUCAAAUCUAUCAUUUUGCUUAAUUCUGGAGUAUACACAUUUCUGUCCAGCACCCUGAAGUCUCUGGAAGAAAAGGACCAUAUCCACCGGGUCCUUGACAAGAUCACAGACACCUUGAUCCACCUGAUGGCCAAGGCAGGCCUGACCCUGCAGCAGCAGCACCGGCGCCUGGCCCAGCUCCUGCUCAUCCUCUCCCACAUCCGGCACAUGAGGAUUCCCCAAGAAUCCCUGUGUAGCAGACGAAGGACUCACACUGCCAGCAACAAGGGCAUGGAGCAUCUGUACAGCAUGAAGUGCAAGAACGUGGUGCCCCUGUACGACCUGCUGCUGGAGAUGCUGGAUGCCCACCGCCUGCACGCCCCAGCCAGCCGUGGAGGAGGGUCCCCAGAGGAGUCUAGCCAGAGCCUGCUGGCCACCACGGGCUCCACUUCAGCACAUUCCUUGCAGACAUACUACAUCCCCCAGGAAGCAGAGGGUUUCCCCAACACAAUGUGAGAGCUCUCGGCCUCUCCCAAAGCUCUGAGAACCCCUGCAGCAUUUUACUCAAGCCAAGCAUCACUUUAGCAGAAUUCUGUCUCCUGCACACACCAGGCAUGCAUCCACCACCAGUGGCUUUCUAGUAUGAGUGGCCAUUCAUUUGCUUGCUCAGUUCUUAGUGAUACAUCUUCUGUUAGGAACAGCCAAAGGGAGUCCAAGGCCAAUUCUUGGUAACAGCUCUCUUCCCCCUUUGCUACCUGACUGAGAAUGAGGAUUCCCAUAGCCCUUCGCGACUGAACUCAACCUAUGAGAUGACUGUGCAUUGAAACUACUUGUUGAGGCCCAGGCCCCGAGAGUGGCCAUUUCACUUCUGAUAAGCACUUUGUGGUGGCUCCAAGAAAAAGCCUCAGGAAAGAAUUGAUAGUGGCUCUUUUAACCUAUGACAUUGAGAAAGCUAGCUCAAGGGUUCCUUAGCAUCCUCUUGUAUUCCUGUAGUCAUGUGUCACUUUAUCAAGGUGAUGCCUUUAUCAUUUUGUUCUGUUGCAUGGCUGUAGCAUUAUAUUUAGUGAUUGUCUAUUCAUUUCACCUAUAGGAAUACAAGACACACACAGGGAAGGAAGACCCCCUGAUUGUCAAGAUCAUGUCAACUUGCUGACAUCUCUACUGCUGUAUUUCUAGAGCACUACAUACAGAUCAUGGGUUCUGGCUAAUUCUUGCUUCCCAAGGCCCUGUGGGAAGUCAGCAAGUCGAUUUCAAUUAAGUCACCCACACACAGAUCAGUCUCUCUGUAGGAGGGACAAGCUCGAGUUUUUUUGUUUUAAUUUUUAUUUAUGGAAGCAAGCCCUCUGCCCCCAGGACUUGCAGUGAAACAGCUUUCAGGACCUGUCGCUGUGGGGUCUCCUAUUUAUCAGCAGAGGGCGCUGUCCUUGGAUCUUCCUGGUGUGAGCUCCACUGAAUUUUAACAUGUAAGGCCCAUGGGGAAAAAGGGGAGUUUCAAUGAGCCGGCUUCCUCCUGGUGUUUGAAUUUUUUUUUUUUUUUUUAGCCCUGGGGCAUGGGGCUAAAUAGUAACACUGCAUGAUGAUUGUGGCUGCUCCAGAGGAAAGUAAGCAGGGGAGAAACUGGAUAAAUCUGUAAAGCAAGGUCAGCCUUGCUCAGAGUAGCAUGGCCACAGGCCACAGCUCCCAGGAUGCAUCUCCCAGGCCCUCCACCCUGCAGUGCACAGUGGGCUGUUCUAGGGUCCACAGGGUAGUCUGCCCUUCUUGCUUUCUGAGUGGUCCUCAUUGGAAGAACAGCAGUGGAUAGCUGUGUGCCUAUAGUUAGCCCAGCAUGCUCCUGGCAGGGAAGGAGGGAAGGAGAGAAGUGACAGGAGCACUGGACUCAGGCUGUGGGGGCUGGUGAAACUGCACAUGCCCUUGGGAAGAAAUCAGCCCCUCCCCGUCCCACCCCCCAUCUCCUGUCCUAAAACUUCAUAAGCCAGGAGGAGACCAGCAUUGGGGUCUUUGCUUCUUUAAUGCAAUUGUGGGCUAUUUCCUUUUUUUAAGCUAAGAAGUAAGUUUGAUUUCCUUCCCUGACUUCAUAGUCUGUAAUUUGAACCCCAUUGAGAAGUGACAUGUUUGCCAACACCCCUGGAGAGCUACUAGGCUUCUCUUGGUAUGUCCUGUUUGGAAAAGCAAGUUUGAUUAAUUUCUGGUUGCCCAGUUAAAUUUCUACCAAAGGACUGGGAAACUGGAGGGCCAAGAAAAAAAAAUUUUUUUUUCCAUUUAUAUGAGCAUCUAAAUUUGGGGGCAAUUUUAUGUAUCUGCAUUAAGAAUAUGUUUAAGAACAUAAUUCUUUUGUUGUUUGUUUAAGAAGCACCUUAUAUAGUAUAAUAUAUAUUUUUUUGAAAUUGCAUUGCUUGUUUAUCAGACAAUUGAAUGUAAUGAUUCUGUUCUGGAUUUAAUUUGACUGGGUUAACAUGCAAAAACCAAGGAAAAAUAUUUAGCUUUUUUGUAUACUUUUCAAGUUACCUUGUCAUGUAUGCAGUUAUUGAUGCCUGAAACCUGGUGAUUAUUCAUUUAAAUGAAGAUCACAUUUCAUAUCAACUUUUGUAUCCACAGUAGACAAAAUAGCACUAAUCCACAUGCCUAUUGUUGGAUAUUGAAUGAUAAGACAAUCUUAUGUAGCAGAGAUUAUGCCUGAAAAGGAAAAUUAUUCAGGGCAGCUAAUUUUGCUUUUACCAAAAUAUCAGUAGUAAUAUUUUUGGACAGUAGCUAAUGGGUCAGUGGGUUCUUUUUAAUGUUUAUACUGAGAUUUUCUUUUAAAAAAAUAAAAACAAAAUAAAAAAAAAAACCUCUAGGACUAUAGAUGAUGUAAUACCAGCUAAAUCCAAACAAUAAUACAGUGGAGGGUUUUACAUUAUUCAUCUACUGUGUUUGUAUUCAUGUCAAGAUACUACUACAUUUGAAACGGGCCAAGAACAUUAGAUGGUUGAAAUGUUAGCCCGGGAAUUACAACAAUUUUGGAAAUCUCUUUUUAUCCUUAUUUGAAGUGUCAAUAAUGAGCUGCUGACAUUUUCCAGCUGAUGUUGCUGUAGAGUAUAGGGUAGAUUUUGGAUAAUUUUUCCUGUCCUUUCCCCCCACUUUGAGCCAACUUAAAGUUUGAAAGACAUGAUCUACCUGGAGGAUACAGAUAGGAUGGGAAAGUGGGUUUGGGAGAUUGAUGUAUGGGAAAAAGGGGAAUAAGAAUAUUGAAAGUAUUCUGGCACCAAGUUUCAGUAUUCUACUUGUGCACUGUAAUCCAAAAAUAACUAGCUCCAUUGACAGCCAUUUCCAAAAUGGCGGCUUGAGUUCUGGGGAAGUAAGUGGCAUCAGCAGUGACGUCCAAAGAAUAGUUAGGGGUCUGAGUUUCUUUUACACACUGCCUAGCUUGCUGUAAUGAUGCUGUAAUGCUAUCAUGCAGAAAUAAGGAGACUAGGUAUUCCAAAGAGAAGACCCUAUUGAUGGAGAUUGUGAAAUUCAGCCCAUAAGGCAGUGCAAUCUUCGAUAGAUUUCCCUAGUAGUCUUGCAAAUAUGCUUAACUAUGCCAUGUCUUAUGCCUUUUGGAGGCUGAAGAAAUAAGUGACUUACUGAUAAUUUACUCUUAAUCACAUUGAGGUGUUCUGUAUUUAAAAUUUUACUCAUUGAAAUGGCCCUUGAUUUAGGCCACUUGUUUAGAAGACUUCUAUCGCUACAUGAAACCAAUUAUGAAUCCUUUCCUAUUAAUACUUUGCAACUCUGUGACGGACUGUGGAUACUGGGGAUGAUCACUAGGACCAUAGUAAUGACUAUAUAUUCACAGGAAGAUCUGCUUGGGGAAACUAGUUCUUUGAAAGGCAAAUAGAGUUACAGAGUAGCUCAUAAGGCAACUGUGAUUCUCUUCCAUGCAAGUCUUGGGAGGUUGAUCCAGAUAACACUGCACACUCCCUAGAUUAAAUCCCCCGAAAAUUUACUUACUCUUAACUGGAGCAAAUGAAUUUAACUGUGGUCCCAAAUAUCCAUCUUUUCAUUAGUGUGAUUAUGCUCUGUUUCUAGCUGCAUUUCUUUUCCAUUUAAAUUAAGGUGUGGUCUUUUAUUUAAGUCAUUUAAAAUUACUUUCUAAUAAUUACUGCCUCUAUUAUGGCACUUCAAUUUUGCACUGUCUUUUAGAGACUCAAGAAAAAUUUCUGUUCUUUCCUUUUAUUUUUUUUUUCGCAUCCAAAUGUGCCUGAACUUUUAAAAUAUGUAAAUGCUGCCAUGUCCCAACCAAACCCAUCUUUAGUGUGUUUUUAUGAGCUGUGCACCCUCGAAAUAACAUUUAGUCCCAUGAACAGGUGCCUAAGACAUGGACCCCUUUGUGUUCACAGAGAGGUCAUUGGUCAUAGAGACUUGAAUUAAUAAGUGACAUUAAGCCAGUUUUUGUUCUCUCACAGAUAUAAACGAUGCUUUUGGUGCACCACAUAUUCUUCAGUGUAGAGCUCUUGUUUUAUGGGAAAAGGCUCAAAUGCCCAAUUGUGUUUGAUGGAGUGAUAUGCGCUCAUGCUGAUGCGUACCAUUAUUGAUGUGAUUCCAUUUUGUCGCAGCUUUGCUUUGUUUAAUGAAACACACUUGUAAACCUCUUUUGCACCUUGAAAAAGUAAAGAAUCCAGCAGGAUGCUUUAGCACCUGUAAAACAUUUUCUCAACAUAUUUGAUGUUCAAAUAAAGGAUUAAAUGAAA